UGUGACGUCAUGUGUUAAAACAGCGCUAGAAACACAGGUGCUGUGUUGCUCUCGCACCCAAAUCAAAGUCAUUUGUGAAUAAUAUCCCCUUAAAAUUGGAUUCCAGCGUUUUUUGAGUGGACUAAAGGAAACUUCAAGUCAUUGAGUGCUGAGAGUAUGGACUCAGAAGACGAAACCCCUUUCGACGAUGGUGAUUCAGGAAAUGAAUCUAGUGGGGAUGAUGUUGACUUUGCAAUGGAAGUGGACAGUAACACCACUAAAGAACGACCCCCUGAUGUUGACGAAUACCCUUUCGAAGUUUUAACCACUGAAGAAAUUGUCCAACACAUGAUAGAUUGUAUUAAAGAAGUUAACACUGUUGUAGAGAUUCCUGCCACAACUACUAGAAUUCUUUUAAAUCACUUCAAAUGGGACAAAGAAAAAUUAAUGGAAAGAUUUUAUGAUACGGAUCAAGAUCAACUGUUUAGUGAAGCAAGAGUCAUUAACCCUUUUAAAAAGGGAGCCGUUAUAAGACCAAAGCUACCCAAGAGAACCUCUCCAUCUGGCACAGAAGAGUGUGAGAUAUGUUUCCUGGUGCUGCCUUCAAGUAUGAUGACUGGAUUAGAAUGUGGUCAUAGAUUCUGCACUCAAUGUUGGGGAGGAUAUCUGACUACAAAAAUAAUGGAAGAGGGAGUUGGACAGACAAUUGCCUGUGCAGCUCAUGGCUGUGACAUCUUGGUUGAUGACGCUACUGUCAUGAGACUUGUUAAAGACUCAAAAGUUCGUCUCAAAUAUCAACACCUAAUCACUAACAGUUUUGUUGAGUGCAACAGACUUCUCAGGUGGUGUCCUUCACCAGACUGCAAUAAUGUUAUCAAAGUUCAAUACAAGGAGUGCCGCCCAGUCAACUGUAAAUGUGGGCAUGUCUUCUGUUUCUCAUGUGGGGAGAAUUGGCAUGACCCUGUAAAGUGUGACAUAUUAAAGAAGUGGAUCAAAAAAUGUGAUGAUGAUUCAGAAACAUCUAAUUGGAUUGCAGCAAACACUAAGGAGUGCCCCAAAUGUAAUGUAACCAUAGAAAAAGAUGGGGGCUGCAAUCAUAUGGUUUGCAAAAAUCAAAAUUGCAAGGCAGAGUUUUGUUGGGUGUGCUUAGGUCCAUGGGAACCUCAUGGGUCAUCAUGGUACAAUUGUAAUCGAUAUGAUGAAGAAGAAGCCAAAGUUGCCAGAGAUGCCCAUGAACGAUCUAGAGCUGCCCUGCAACGUUACCUGUUUUAUUGUAAUCGCUACAUGAACCAUAUGCAAUCCCUGAAAUUUGAGAAUAAACUUUAUGCCUCAGUAAAAGAGAAGAUGGAGGAAAUGCAGCAACACAACAUGUCUUGGAUUGAGGUGCAAUUUUUGAGGAAGGCAGUGGAUAUUCUAUGCCAAUGCAGGCAAACACUAAUGUACACCUAUGUGUUUGCAUAUUACCUACGCAGAAGUAAUCAAUCAAUUCUCUUUGAGGACAACCAAAGAGACUUAGAAAGUGCCACAGAAACAUUGUCUGAAUACCUGGAGCGGGAAAUUACCUCAGGAAAUUUAGCAGAUAUAAAGCAAAAAGUGCAGGAUAAAUACAGAUACUGUGAUAGUAGGCGGAAGGUGCUUCUGGAACAUGUUCAUGAAGGCUAUGAGCGGGAAUGGUGGGAGUACUUUGAAUAGAUCCACCUGAAUUCAUUCAAUACCAAUCCAAUAGAGUGAGUAGAUAUUCUCACCUUGUUUCUCAACUUUCUCCUUCAGAAAUCUUUGUUGAAAUUAAAUCAAGGUGAAUAGGUACCUACAUAUGCCAUGGAUAUGUAUGUAUAUAGACUAUAUUUUUCCAGAUUUCUUUUAUUUUGUCCAGGACAACAUGUUUUGAUUUGUUGGUACAUAGUAAAUCAGUUAUUCACAAUAUAGAUAGAACCCAAGAGUUGUUAAUUAUUCACUAUACCCUUUGGCUGGAUGUUAACAAGAAAAAAAAGCAUAAAUUAUAACUAUCUUAAAUUUAGGCUAGGGAUGGCAAAAAGUGGUUUCAAAAAAUAUCAGUCUAGUAAAAAUUUAAUUUUGUGUAGAUUUUGUGAUUAAUGGAUAUACUACCUCACAGGAUCAAUGGACAGGAACCUCACAAUAUACUUGUUUUGAAGAUGGUAAUUAUGUCCAUUAGCGUUAACUCAAGGUUAAAAUAUUUUUCUAUCUUGUGAGAGCUGUUGUAUUUAUAGAAAAUUUUGUGCAGUGAGAUUUUGUAGGAUGAAAGCCAUCCCUCUCUUUUAGUUGUUAACAAACAAAAAAUUACAACAUUUCAUGCUCUAUACCCUUUUCCCCCAUUAAAACUGCCAUUUUUAUCAAAAAUGCUAUGGAGCUGCACUACAAUUACAUGUAUUAAUUGUGCAUGUAUAUGAAAGCAAUAAGCGGCAAAUGCCAACUUAAAAGUCUUCCUGUUGUCUGAUCUGUUCGACUUUUGAAUCUUAUUUUGUAAUAAGUGUUCUUGAAUGGGGGACUGGGCUGUUGUUAAAUGUUUUUUAAAAAAAGUGACUCUUUUAAGUCUGUUGUUUAUUACUUUUAUAUAUUCCUAAGGUCUGUUAAGAUAGCAUUGACAUAUUCACGUUAUUUGCUUCUUAAUCUUGUGCAUAAAAGAAAUAGUUGAUUUCCUAAUAUUUCUCGCUGAGCGGGGAAACGUAUACUGUGAUUUGUAUAAACUAGUUAUCAGUAUUGGUACUGUUGGAUAAAUGAUCGGAAGAAAGGAUUAGCUGUAGACUUGACUUGCAUUGCAGUGAGACCACUAGUCAUUCCCAUCCAAUCAAGCUGUGCACUGACAUUUCAACUUUUAAUUGCUUUUAGUUGUUUGUACUAAUCAUUUUGUCAACUCUUCAGAAAGAGUGCAUAAAGGAACAGCAUUUUGUGCCCAUCUGGUGUUUAACUUAAAUAUGAUUGUUUUGGCGAGCACAGCAAUUCAUUGUAUUGAAUGGUUGGUUUCAUUGGUCAUGUUGUGUUGCUUUAACCAUGACUUGCUUUCGUUAAUAUGAAAUAAAAAGAAAAGAACUAGUCCUUUCAAUACUUACCCUUUCUUAUUAAUUUUCAACGAUACUGAAGCUAUUCGUUACCUUGCACUGAUAAUUUGCUCUUGGUAAAAAGAGUAAUUACUAUAUGAAGCCCGUGAUAGCUGGGACCAACAUUUGGCCACACUGAAAAGUGGCUUACAUAUUUGGCCAAGGAAUCGAAUUGUUUUGCUUUAAAAAGUGUAAUUUUAUGCUUAUGAAACUGUUCACGCUGCUUUGUAAUAUUUUUCAUUGUACCGCAAACAUCACAAUUGGAGCCAUUUUUCCAGCACUGACUCAGCAGCUUGUUCUUUUUUAAAGUAGAUUUAUUGGAACUUCCCCCUCAUUUUAGUUCUUUCAUCUUUUUUGAUACAUAAAAAAAUUGCAAAUGAUACAUAAUUAAUUGUGAUUUGUAGAACAUGUUUGAGUGCUCUGUAACAUAUGGUCAAAUAUAUAUAUACGUACUGUAAUCAAUUUUGAUUUUGUCUAUUGCUUGCUUUAUGUUACAACUCUAGAAGUUUUGUGCUUUUAGUGCAGUUUUAUCAAUCUACUGCAAGGAGGUUUUUAAUUUCCCUGUCUUUCAUAAACCCACCUUCUGGCAAUUACUUUAUCGCAACAAUCUUGCCUUCUGCUUUAACUCUGUUAGGUGAAGAAAAUAUUUCACCUCAUUACCAACUUAUCAACUGAUAGCUCUUUUAUUGAAAAAUGUAAUGCAGAGUAUGUGUACAUAUUUUCUUAUUAAGGAAAUAUAUGAGAUUGAAUGAGUGAA